AUGAGUGACGAGAAGGCCGACAAAAGUAUUCAAUCGGAAGCUGAGAUGGCAGAAAUCAUGUCUUCAGAUGACCAGGAAGCUCCAGAGCAGCGCGGGAUGCCACCUACGCAGGUGGAAGAGCUACAGGAGAAGUUUGGAAUGCAAACCAUCGAUGAUCCAAAUCCAGAGGUUCUGCCCUCAGACAGAGAGCUCACAGAGGGCCUUCCUGAUGAUGUGCAGUACAUUGAUCUGAUCCAGUAUAAAAUCCGUGAUCUUGAUGCAUUGGGACUUGAGAGAUUUCAUAGUUUGGAAAGUCUGGUUCUGAGAGACAACUUGCUGGAAAGUGCAAACGGGCUCAAGAAGUUGCCGAACAAGGAAAAGCUAGAGGAGCUGGACCUUUACGACAACAGGAUCAAGCACAUCUCGAAACAUAUCAACGAAUUCACCAACCUCACUACUCUGGACCUCUCCUUCAAUAAUAUCAAAAAUAUCAAGCAUCUUGAAGCUCUCACGAAACUGGAGAACCUGUACUUUGUUCAAAACCGCAUCAAGGAGAUUCGGAAUUUGGAAACGCUAAAAAACCUCAAAAACCUCGAAUUGGGUGGAAACCGGAUCGAGGUGAUCUCAGAAACGCUGCUCCAUCUGCCAAGUAUUGAGCAGCUUUGGCUCGGUAAAAACAUGAUCUCGAAGUUUGAAAAUCUACAAAAUCUGAAGCGGCUCCGAGUCCUAUCCAUUCAAUCGAACAAGAUAACCAAGAUCGAAAAUCUGGAUCACCUCGAGAGCCUGGAGGAGCUGUAUCUAUCGCACAACAAAUUGACAAAGCUUGAAGGCCUGGAUAACUUGCACAAGCUGAUGGUUCUGGACGUGACGGCGAACCAGAUUAGCAAGCUUGAGAAUCUCAGCCACCUCACAGAACUGACAGAUUUCUGGUGCUCGUACAACAAGAUCGACUCGUUUGAUAACGUGAGAGAGCAAUUGGGACACCUUCCAAAUUUGGACACCGUGUAUUUUGAGGGCAAUCCUAUUCAGCUGAAUGCGCCGGCAUUGUACAGAACCAAGCUCAAGCUGAAUCUCGGCAAAUCGCUUCAGAAGAUCGACGCAAUGUACAUUAACCAGGCCUGA